CCCGGAUAGCGAGAUGUGAGAAGCAGAUUUGUUGAUGGAAAUAAUCUUAAUUUGACUGAUCUAUUUAUGUUUAAUUAUCCAAAACAUUGGACGGAAACUGUAUGUUUUCGGAUGGCUGCAUAACAGAAGUAUUUUGAGAGAAAUGUAACUGGAGUAAUUAGAUUGUGGACGAAUGGAUUAUCAGAAAGAUAAUGACACCGGGCGAAAACCUGAAGUAACAAAACGUAUGCUGUACGAUGUGGAAGAAAACCCGCCCUGGUAUUUAUGUCUGCUUCUUGGAUUUCAGCAUUGUCUCUUAGUGUUUGGAUCGUCUAUACCUGUCCCUCUUCUACUGAGUGAGUUAUUUUGUAUGGAUCGGGAUAAAGUAGCAGUCAGUGAACUUAUAGGGACGACAUUCUUUGUAACUGGUCUUUCAACUUUAAUCCAGACAACAGUCGGAGUAAGAUUACCACUUGUGCAGGGAUGUUCUGCAAGCUUCCUUACGCAAGUUAUCACCCUGAUGACACCAAGACAGUGUCCAGAAAGGGAGCCAGUGCAAACAGAUACAGGGUUAAAGAUUACAGAUGACAUGUCUUUGUCAUCUUCUGUAUACAUGUUUAGUUCUUGUGUACCUUUAGAUGAUGCUACUGUAAAUAUUUCGUCAAAUGAUUUACCUGACGUUGGCAGUGAUGCAUACCGGGCAAUAUGGACUUCAAGAAUAAGAGAGGUACAAGGAGGCGUCAUGGUCGUUGCGGUAUUUGAAAUAAUCAUAGGCUGUUCUGGCACACUAGGAUUCUUACUUCGGUAUGUCGGUCCAUUGACACUUACACCCACGUUAACACUGAUUGGUUUGUCCUUAUUUACCUCUAGCACAGCAAUGGCGUCUGAGCAUUGGUGGAUAGCACUUACGACAAUGUUUUUAUUUACACUGAGCAGCCAGUACUUACGAAAUAUUGAAAUACCAUUACCUGGGCUAUCAAGACUUUGUUCAUCGCGUCGUCUGCCUUUGUUUAGUCUAUUUCCGGUUUUAAUUGGUAUAUUUGGUACAUGGGCAAUAUGUGCAAUAUUAACAGUAUGUUCAGUAUUACCUGACAGUCCUGGAGAAUGGGGAUACACGGCACGGACGGAUAUAGGGCUUGAUGUUCUAAAAGAUGCCAGAUGGUUCCGGGUUCCAUAUCCAGGUCAGUGGGGUGCACCGAAUAUUACAGCAGCAGGUGUCGUCAGCAUGUUUGUUGCUGUUAUUGUUACCAUGAUAGAUGCAAUUGGUAAUGUCUACGCAUGUGUAGCAAUAGCUGAUGCUCCUCCUAUUCCGGGCAAUGUUGUGAACCGAGGAAUUUUCGUGCAAGGUAUAUGCUGUUUGCUAGCUGGUAUAUGGGGAACAGGAAAUGGGACAACAACGGCUAGCGAUAACAUGAGCAUAAUAGGGGCUAUAAAGGUUGCAAGUUUACGAGUUAUCCAAACUUGUGGGGUUCUGCUGAUUAUCUUCGGAUGUUUUGGAAAGUUUGGUGCCCUGUUUACAACUAUACCAUUACCGAUAAUAGGCGGAAUGCUUAUGUCAAUUUUUGGUAUCAUAACUGGUGUUGGACUUUCAUUUCUUCAGUUCAUUGAUUUGAAUUCCUUCAGGAAUAUAUUCAUUCUCGGGGUUUCUUUAUUCUUUGGAGUCAGUAUUUCUAACUGGAUGUUGGAACAUCAGGAUGCUAUCAACACUGGUAGUGAUUUUCUUGAUCAAAUAUUUGCUAUUCUUCUAAGUACAAGUAUGUUCGUGGGCGCCGUGACAGGAUUUGUACUCGAUAAUACAAUUCCUGGCACUGAUGCCGAAAGGGGAAUCAGAACAUGGAGAGCAUAUAAACCAGAAGAGGCAGUAGACUUGACGAAGACACAGAGGUUAAAGAUUUAUGACCUGCCAUUGAUUACAAAAUAUUUUCGUAACAACAAACUAGCUAGACACUUGCCAUUUUGUUUUUCUUCGUCAUGGUGUGUUGACAAGUUGGUUGUCCGUGGCGACAUAACUAAUAUCUCCGUUGACACAGAGAUUACAGUAUCCAGAGAGACGGUUUUUAGUGUUACUGAGAGUGUUAAAUUGUAACAAACAAACUGCUUAUUCCAUAGCUUUAUUUAUUUUUGAAUGAAACUUGAUUGACUUGAAUAGACAUAUGUUGAUAUA